CCGGUGGGCCUCGGCCAUUCCGGCGUGAUUGAACACCGAAGGCGCGAGCUACGAAUCAUGUGGAUUGUCAAAAGGACCUUCUUCGUUGAAAAACUCACUACAGACCUCGUUUGCGCUGGCAUCUCGUUGUUGUGGCUGUUUAUCGAACCCUUUUGACUUCCGAGUCGUCAGCCCAGUACAAACCCUCAACAUGGUUUCCCAAGAAGCUCGUCUCCGCGUGGUCAUUGUCGGCGCUGGUCUGAGUGGCAUUGCCACUGCCAUCUCUGCCGCCCUCUCCGGCCACUCGGUCCAGGUUAUCGAGCAGGCACAGGAGCUAGCCGAAGUUGGAGCCGGUCUACAGAUUACCCCAAAUGCCUCACGCCUCCUCAAACACUGGAAGCUCCGGGAUUCAUUAUGGGAGGCAGCGGCCGAGCCCACGAAGCUGACCGUCCACCGGUACUCGGGCGAAGUUUUGGCUCACGACGACGCUUUCGACAAGGGCAUCCGUGCCAAGUAUGAUGAUGCGCCCUUUGUUGAUCUGCACCGAGUGGAUCUGCAACAAGGAUUGUUUGCACGCGCCCAAGAUCUGGGUGUAACCUUCCACCUGGGCGAGAGAAUUGAGCGGAUCGACUUUGAUACUACGACCGUUCACUCGGUGGCGGGAAAUCACUACACCGGUGAUCUGAUUGUCGCUGCGGAUGGCUUGUGGUCUCGGUGCCGAGAGGCAUUUGAGGGAAGAAAGGAUGAGCCCCUUCCAACGGGCGAUCUGGCGUAUCGGAUCGUCUUGACUUCAGAUCAGGUUACUGACCCGAAGCUCAAGGCGCUCGUGGAGAAUCCCGAGGUGCAUUUCUGGGUUGGACCUGGCGCUCAUGCCGUGGCCUACUCUGUGCGAGGAGGAAAGAUGUACAACAUUGUCUUGCUGGUACCUGAUAAUCUCCCACCGGGUGUCUCGAGACAAGCUGGCUCGGUGGAUGAGAUGAAGGCGCUGUUUGUUGGUUGGGAUCCAAUCCUUACCAAGUUCCUGGACUAUGUCACAAGCGGGAGCAUCGACAAGUGGAAGUUGAUGCAUCACGGUGAAAUGGAGAAAUGGGUCAAUGACAAGUCCAAUCUUGUCUUCAUCGGCGACUCUUGCCACCCCAUGCUUCCCUAUCUGGCACAAGGUGCCAACUCCUCAUUAGAGGAUGGUGCCGUUCUCGGCCUCUUGCUGGGACACAUGACGGAUAAAGCCCAGCUGCCACGUAUCCUGCGUCUAUAUGAGAGCCUUCGCAAGUCUCGAGGAGAGGCUAUCGUUCGGGAGACGUUCAAGCAGAGACACGACUUCCACAUGGUGGAUGGCGAAGAGCAGAAGAGACGUGAUGAGGUAUUCCUAUCGCAGCUUGGCAAGGAGAUCAAGGGAGCUUUCCCUAGUCGAUGGACAUGUCCACAAGUUCAGCCCUGGCUAUACGGCUACGAUGCCAUCAAGGAAGUCGAGAAGGCCGUGGCACAACAUCCAGAAGUCUUCGCCAAGCAGACCAAGUCUCGGUCAUCCACUUGUUCGGUUCUGUAAACCAUUCUAUACACGAUUCAGCAUUUUAAAUAGGAU